AUGUCUGACGACUGGUCGGUGAUAGUCGAACAAACGGGCGCUCAAGCACCAGCACCGCUUGAUUUGCCGGAGAUGGAAGGUGCUCUUAUCGAUUAUGUUCAGCCUAAGCUGUUCAAUAAAUGGAGCAGCUUUACAAGAGGUGCACUCCCGUCAGCUGAACAUUGUCACUGGUGGAUUACAUUGGCAGUGAAGGAGAAAUAUUCCAUAAUAGGUUCCUUUUUCCUCACACAGUGUACGACGGUGCGUUUCCGCAAGGCCGGAUGUCCAAUUGUUGAACGUCUGUGCAAUUCGAUGAUGAUGCAUGGCCGGAACAACGGCAAAAAACUGAUGACAGUUCGCAUUGUGAAACAUGCUUUUGAAAUUAUCCAUCUUCUUAGUGGUGAGAAUCCCGUCCAAGUUCUUGUGAACGCUAUCAUCAACAGCGGACCUCGUGAGGAUUCUACCAGAAUUGGACGUGCUGGUACUGUCCGUCGUCAGGCUGUCGACGUAUCCCCUCUACGUAGAGUGAACCAGGCAAUUUGGCUGAUCUGUACGGGAGCUCGUGAGGCGGCAUUCCGAAACAUCAAGACAAUCGCUGAAUGCUUGGCUGAUGAGAUUAUGAACGCCGCAAAAGGCUCGUCGAACAGCUACGCGAUUAAGAAGAAGGACGAGUUGGAACGAGUGGCAAAGUCUAACCGUUAA